GGAGGAACGAGUUUUGUUGUGAGCGUUUGAAGUUUUUAUUUUAUUUCAUUAUCAGUCACCAUUCUUUUUAAGUUUCCUUCUUUUGUUGUUCCAAUUACCUAAAAUCAAUGGUCAGUGAAGCCUAGCUGAGGUAUCAAUGUUUUUAUUUUAAUAUUUUUACAUAAAUGACUUUCUGACUAGAGUUAUGGAUUCUGAUAGUGACAAUGAUCUUUUCGUUAAAAAACCCCCUAAGAAGACUGUCAGGAAGUCUAAAAGUGUGCAGGGGCAGAGAGAAAAUUCGCAAAGGAAGAAAGAAAAUUCUCAGAAGAAGAAGCAGCGUUUAAACGAAACUAAGGUUCCCAAAGGGGAAGAUGUAAACAUAAGAGCGCCUUCGAAAUCCCCUGAAAGACGUGAACAGGAACUUGAAGAUACAAUCGCAAGCAUUUACUGUCCAACUUGUCAAGCUCCACUUCAUUAUUUGAAAAUCUCUCCUGAUAUUCAUGCUGCCUCCUGUGCGGUUGAUUGGAGCGAUCUUCCAGAAUGUCCAGUAGGCGCAAGCUGUGCUGAUGAUAGCAUUUUUCAUUUCCGUGACUUUGCUCAUGCAGCUCUCGCAGAAUAUCGUAGUACAAAGAAUUUUGUUUCUCCACGUGUCAAGCGUCUAAUUCGAAGUAAAUCUAAAUCUAAGAAAACACCAGCUAGCACCAGAAAAAUAUCUCUAAAUUCUCAGGUAAAUUCAGGGGUAGACCAUGAAGCCAAAGAAAAAGUAAAAAGAAAGUUAGACUUGGGUGAUGCAGAUAUCAGCAGUAGCAACCCGAACCUCGCUUCAAACUCUUAUUAUUCAUUUGUAGAAUCCGAGAAAAAUUCCACUCUUAAAUCUUACAGCACAUAUUUCAGUCAGGAAGAUGAUGAUGAAGAAGCUCAAGUUGAGACUCCCUGCUUCAUAGACCAGAUGGAAGCAACAAAACCAUGUUCCUCAGUCUCACAGAGUACUCGCCAAAAGAGAAAAAAUCCAGUCAAUGAAAGUUGUAGCAAAGCUGCAGAAGAGCCCAUUCUUAGAAAAGCUAACAGUACAAACAGUUGUAGGAAGAGUUUGGAUCAAGAAAUCAAUGAAUUGAGCAAGAGUGGUCCCAAAUCUAAAAAGAGAAAAUCCUCGCAUACCAACACCUCCUCAGUUGACUGUGACCAUGCUGAUAAUCUUGAGUCGAAUAUUUCUCAAUCCACAGCUAUCUUAAACACUAAGAUAAAAUCUCUUGCAGAUAGUGCUCGUUUAUCUAAUUCAAAUGAUGAUGUGAAAAAAUCAAGUACAGAGACUGGAUCUGACAGUGAUAAUUCCUUCCGCAAAAUUCCUGGAACUUUAACGGAUUCUCAGAUCAAAGAUUUCUCAUUGGGCUCAACAACAUACUCUCAACCUUGCUCAACACCAUCAUUGUCUGAAGCUCCUGAUUAUCUUUUACAUGCUGUUCAUUCGGUCAAAGUUAAAAAAGAGAUAAAAGAAGAGCCCAUUGACCCUGAGGAGUUGUUUGUUGGCUCCCAAGAGCAUCUUUCUAAAGUGCAAAAUUUAUGUUCUAAUGCUGUUAAAGAAGAAACCAUCUCAGAAUCUUAUCAUUCAAACACAGUACCUGGUAAUUCUUACCAAACUUUAAAUAAAAACAGUGAUACUCCUGAAAAUUUAGAGAUUCUUCAGUCCACUUCUAGUUUCAAAAUAUCGUCCAAGCAGCAAAUAAAGUCUGAAAAUUUGAAGGAGGAUCCGCUGACUGUGGAUAGUGAUGAAGGAAUCCCGGUGUUAUUUUCGGAUGAAGAGUUCGAACGGUGUUUUGAGAAGUAUGAUCAUGAUCCAUCCAAGAAAACAGAAGACAACUUCAGCGUUGAUGAGUCAUCAAAUGAUUCUUCUGUAUCAAGAGCCGGUUCUUUUUCAAAGAAACAAGAAACGUCCAAGAACUUAUGGAAACAAAUUUUAAGACCGAAGACAUUGCCAGCAAAUGGCUCUGUUCCUGCAUCUCGUCCACAAAAAGUUUAUUCCAAAUCUAGAGUCAUCACUAAUGAAAAAGAGCAAGAAGAAGGAAAUUCUAUAGGGCCUCCUCAGAGGAAAUGCCCUUUUUACAAAAGAAUCCCAGACACCACAUUUGUAGUAGAUGCUUUUAGCUAUGGAAUUAUUCCUGGAAUUACAAGUUAUUUUCUAAGUCACUUCCACUCUGAUCAUUACAUUGGACUCCGGAAAAGUUUCAACAAACCUAUUUAUUGCUCAAAAAUCACUGCUAGUCUAGUCAUGAUGAAAAUUGGUGUUAAAGAAGAAUUUUUGCGAAUCUUAAAUUUAAAAGAACCUAGAAUCAUUAAUGGAGUUGAAGUUACCACACUAGAUGCUAACCACUGCCCCGGAGCUGUCAUGUUUUUGUUCCGAUUGACCGACAACCGGCAAUAUCUUCAUGUGGGGGACUUCCGAGCUUGUUAUGAAAUGGAAGAAGAACCAAUCUUACAAAAAGCUCGCAUCACUGCUUUAUUUCUUGAUACAACAUACUGUAAUCCUCAGUACACAUUCCCGUUGCAGAAAGAUAUCAUUCAGGCUGUGGUUCAAGUUGUUGAAAAAAAAAUUUCAGAUUGCCCAAAACUUUUAGUGGUGUGUGGUUCUUACACCAUUGGGAAAGAGAAAGUAUUUUUAGGAAUACUCGAGAGGUUUAACAAAUGGAGGCUUUGGGCUCACACUCCAAAGCAACGGGUACUGAAUAUUUUGGAAAAUAGGGAAAUUUCAUCAAAACUAGUCAGCAAUGCUCAAGAAGCCAAUGUUCAUGUUCUUUCCAUGGGCGAAUUAAAAUUUCAGUCUUUGGAAAAACACUUACUAAAUAUGAAAGGUGCUUUUAGUCAUGUCCUUGCUUUUAAACCAACUGGUUGGGAAAUGGGCAAAGGAGCAAAGUUUGACAUGUUAAAUCAAACAUCAUCCCGAAAUGUUACUAUUUGUGGCGUUCCGUAUAGCGAGCACUCAAGCUACAAUGAACUACGUCGUUUCACCCAAUUCAUCUCCCCUGAAAAAGUCAUUCCAACUGUCAAUAUAGGUAAUCCUACAUCGCGAAAACGAAUGAUGACUGUAAUCGAUAAGUGGCUACAAAAAUCUGAACUGAACAAACAACAAAAAAUGAAUGCAUUUUUAGCACACUAACUGCCAGAGCACAAAACUAUAUAUAUACAAGUGCAUUUGGCAAAAGAAACUGGAUAAAGUGCCAUUUUUACAUUAUGUUUCAACUUUUCUUUCUCCUUUGUUUAUUCUAGUGGUUGUUCAUGAUGACUGAAUGAGACAAUUUUUCAUUUCUUAUCUUGUGUCAUUUGUCCUGUACUCAUUCAAUUUUUUUACAGUGCCUUUAUUCUUUAAACUUAUCAAAACUUUUGAAUCAUGGUUUUUACUCUUCUUAUUUGGUUCCUUAUUCAAGGCAUUAACGAGUCCCGGUUUUAAGGAAAAUGAGAACUUUUUGUUUUCGUUUGUUUUUUUAUCCUUUUAAGUGAGGCAUUCCAAGAUUCUCUCAGGUUUAAUGGACAAGAACAGUUUUGUUUCAAUAAUCUUCAUUGUCUCUGUGCCUAGCUAAAGUUUUUUUUUUUCUUUCUUUUUUUUCUUUUUUUUUUUUGUUAUGAACAAAAUUUUAGUUUAGCUGCUCAAAUAAGUGUCUCCAAAAUACCUUUAUUUUAAACACUUUAAUUUUUUUUUAGUUUUCUUGAGGGGAAACUCCUUUAACCUAUUUAACACAAAACCUAAUUGAUUAGUUCUUUUAAGUAACCACAGAUACCCUGUGCAACGCUGCUAAGAUUAUCCAUACAAAUUAAUUGCCCUUGGAGAGAAAAUUGGAAGUCAUGACACUAUUUUAAUAAAUUUUCGCUGUGACUUUGUUAAAAUUCUUAUAUGUGUGUGUUUAAUUCGGUGUAAAAUGGAGACAAAGAUGGAUGAUCCUAGCUGUGGUGAAAAAAUGUAAGUUAUUUUUGAAAAGAACUCCUCAAUUUUAAAAUAAAGAAUACUCCAAUCUUAUAUUUGCUAUGCAAAAAUCUUAGUUUUGUAUUACUUAUCUGCUUGAAACUAGAUUCAGCAUAUUGAAACUUUGAUUUCAUGCAUAACAAUGGCUCAUUCUGUCAGUGAAAAAAAAUAAAAGGAUAAAGUAAAUCUCAUUUGGAUCAUUGAACUGAUAGUGUUAACGUAUGGACUAUAAUACGAAUUUAUUCAUUCGAUACCUCAGUUUCAUCUUCCUCAUUGCUUCUAUCAUAGCAUCUUGUACGUGAGAUGUAAUUGUUAGUUACUCCUGUUUUUCAAUGAGUGUGUCGUGUCCAUUUGUUUAUGUACAGAAUGUGUAAUUAUUUACAAACUUGAAAGGCCACUUAGACUCUUUUUAACAGAAGUAAACUUGAAGAAAAAAAUACAGGAUGAUUUAAAUUGUUUAAAACAAACAAGUCGUUUUAAGCCAUUUUUGAAGAAAAAAUGAAGGUUACUUAUAUCCGUAUUAGUAUCACCUUUUAGUUGAAACAGAAGAUUACACUCGCCAUUUCACAGAAAUGCUCUUUGACAGCCUUUAAGGAGGACAAAAAAUGCAACCUAUUCUUUUCUCACGUAUGAAAUACUUUAUUUGCCCUUUAUGCAGCCAAAGUUCCUAUUGCACACCCUCUAUUCCUCAAAUUUUAUCAGAUUAUCUAAAUUUGAACGAAAGCCAACAAAUUUGAAGGUCCUCAAUGUAUCAAAGAUAGGCCGAUAUAGUCGAAAAAUCAAUUUUCAAAGUACUUGCUUGUAAUAGUACCUAAGUAUGUCACUUUUUUAAAGACAAUCCGAUAAACGCAAGUCCACUGUUCACACGUCAAAA